AUGACGGGACGAGGAGCAGCACCAGGCGCCAACUCUCGCGGCCGCGGCGGCAAGUUCAAGAAGUUUACUCGCGGAGGCGGAAAGCACUUCUCGCGUGACCUUCGACCCCUCGACGCAGAUGGCAACGAAGUCAGCAUGUGGAGCGAACAGGCCAAGGGCAAGGACGAUGACGAUGACGACUCGAGCGAGGAGGACUCCGAGGAAGACUCGGACGAGGAUUCUGAAGACGAAGCCGGCCCUUCCAAGAAUGCUGAGCUCAGCAGAGAGGAGCGCAGACAGCAGAAGAAGGCCCAGAAGGAGGCCGCCGUGGCCAAGAAGAAGAAGGGCGCCGUGCAGGUCGGCGACAUGCCCACCGACUCGGACGAGGACAGCGAGGACGAUGACAUGCCCGCCAACCCGAACCACUCCAAGGCCGCGCGGAACAUGACUAAGGCUCAACCCGCCGCCGUCGAGGAGAUCACGGAGGGCGUCAAGAAGGUCGCCAUGAGCAGAAAGGAACGGGAGUCGGUGGAGGCCCAGCAGGCCAAGGAUAGGUACCGCAAGCUGCACGAGGCCGGCAAGACGGACGAGGCCAAGGCCGACAUGGCUCGCCUGCGACUCAUUCGGGAGAAGCGAGAGGCUGACGCUGCCCGCAAGGCAGCUGAGAAGGAAGAGAAAGAAGCCCAAGAGAAGGCUCAGAAGGAUAAGAUCAUGGCCAAGGAGCAGAAGAAGCGUGACGCUGCUUUGGGUAAACCUGCGAAGAAGGGAAAGGGCAAAUGA